CUCUUCUUCAGUGCUUCAGCAGAAACCCCCCAUUUAGUACAGCCUCUCUGCAUCAGUCCGCAAAUGGUUCAGAACAAUAACCAGGGUUCAGGAAAUGUAGGAGUUUCUCCAACAUAUGUCAAGUGUCUCCAUGAUGUCAGCACACUGAAGGGUCAGUUAGUCGUUUUGGAGUGCAGGGUCAGAGGAACUCCUCCACUGCAGAUCUCCUGGUACAGAGAAGACAAGCAAAUCAUUGACUCUGCAGACUUACGCAUUCUUAGAAAGAAGGCAAGUUCAGCUUUUAUUCCUGAGGAAUUGUGCACCCUAGUGAUCACAGAGGCAUGUCUAGAAGAUUCUGGAAUAUUUAAAUGCACUGCAUCAAAUCAGUUUGGAACAGUAACAUGCAGUGCCAUGCUGGAAGUAUAUACAGACCUAGAAGAGGUGCUGGGAGAUGAGCAAGACCCUUUCUCUAUACAAUCAGAUGUACUAGUAAAAGAUGACCAUUGCUUAGUACUACAAGAUACAUGUGCCGCUUCACCAGAAUGGCCUAAAAGUUCAGAGGAAGAAAGUGCAACCCCUAUGUCAUGGGUGCUGGAGUCUGGCAUUGAAAAGGUUGAGUCUCUUCCAGACACUGAAAGCGAACAGAGUUCUGUCAGUAAGGUGGCUGAAGAUACAAACCUGUCCUCAAUGAUCAAACUUGAUUCUCCACCAAAGGGAGUUAAAAACAGUGUUCCACAUCCAUUCCUUCUCACCAGCAAGCUGAAUAAACAAGUAGAACCCAAGGGCAGUGCCACGAAUGUGGCUGACCUGCCCACCUUUUCACCAUCAUUGUACCCUCCAAGCGCUUUUAAUUAUGAGCGCCCUCGCCAUUUUAUCCAGUCUCUGCCCAGUUUCCACACACACGACAUUGAGAUCAGCAAGCCAAAUGAUCUUUGUUGCCCAGCUACAACUCCUGCACCCUUUGUGACCUCUCCUCUUCUUGCACCCACUCAGACAUUAAUGUGUUCCAGCAUGACUUUGAUUCCUAAAGCACGGAGUACUCCAAACAGUGAGAAUCUAUCACCAGCAGCUUUCCUAUCAUCAGUCCUGCCUUCAUCUCCAAGCUGCCAGUCAAAAUGCCUUUCCAUACCUCAAUCACCCAGGCACUCCUCUAGAUCACCCAGCCCAACACAAAAGGUCCAAGAACAACCCCUAUCUCCUUCAAAUCAGUUACAGAACCUGCCAGCCCGGAUACCUCCAGAUACAUUGAAAACUACAGCUCGAUCUCUGCAGUCUUCACCUGUGCCCCAUAUUACCUAUACAUCCAACAUGUUGCCAAAACCAAUCUUGAAGAAGAAUGUUUCACGACCAGUGUCUCGUGCCACAGAUGAAGACAUUCAAGGCUCUAAAGAUGCUCUUAUGCAUGACCUUGAACAGAAGCUACGAAACAAAGCUCCCCGACAAAGAAACAAUCAGCAGAAGAUUUCUUAUGAGGAACGGAUGGCUAGAAGAUUGCUGGGUGCUGAUAAUGCUGCUUCAGUUUUUCAUCUUGAAAAUUCCUUCAGUUCACAGCCUGUACAGCCAGGGUCUCCAGAAGAUCACUACCCUGGAGGAAUAUGGUCAAGAAAAAAACGAUCAGGAGGGGACAAUACAGAAGCCUCUACCAUCCAAGAAAAAUGUUUUGCUCCUCGUUUUAUACAAGUGCCUCAAGAUGUUACUGUUGAAGAGGGACGAUUCUGCAGGAUUGAUUUUAAGGUUGUAGGUUUGCCAACCCCAGAUAUAUCUUGGUAUCUGGAUGGGAAACCCAUUCGACCUGAUGACUAUCAUAAGAUGCUGGUGUGUGAGAAAAGCGUCCACUCCUUCAUUAUUGAAAUUGUAACCAUUCAUCAUGCGGGUUUAUAUGAAUGUAUUGCAAAGAACCGUGCUGGAGAGAGCCAAUUCUCCCUACAUUUGGAUGUGAUUGCUCAGGAACAAUUGUGUCCUCCUACAUUUGUAGUGAAGAUGAAGAACUCACAUGCAAUGGAGGGUGAUGCUGUUAGAUUAGAGUGUAAGGUGACUGCAUCUCCAAGCCCUCAGCUGUACUGGAAGAAAGACAAGGAAAUGCUGCGUAUUGACCAAACGAGAAUGAGUCUUUCUCAGGACAGUUCAGGAAAGCAGUGCCUGGUCAUCAACCCAGUGAUGAAGUCUGAUGCUGGCUGGUAUACUGUAUCUGCUAUUAAUGAAGCGGGAAUGUCCACGUGUAACGCCAGGCUUGACGUAGCCACACGAUUGAACAAGACGACCCAUCCUGCUAGGCCACUCAAAAACCUUCCCAUCGUAAGCCAGUUUUCCACACUGUGUCUAGACCCUCUUGUGCAGCACACUGCCCCUCUAUAUGAAAGUGAAGAACUAUAGACAUUCGCCUAAGUCAUAAUUUAUGCUGUGAAUGACAUCUUAUAUUAUGCUUUUUGUUAUUGUUGUAUUGUAAGACUGCAAGCAACCUCAGAUGCCUUUAACUCUUCACGUAUUAACAAUACAAACUCAUAGUAGUAACAUACAGAAAUCUGACUCUACACCUCAUAAAGUGAAACUGCAGGUAAGUUUUCUGUCCUCACCUUCCUUCACAUUUGUUUCCUGUUUCCUACUUUCUAUCCCUUACCCACUCUUCCCUCCAUGGUUCAUUUCAGAAUGAUUAUAUAUAAACAUACAAAUGUCCCAUGUUAAUGUAAGUGAUUUUAACAGUCGUGUUUUUUAUCAGUAGUCUGAUUUGUGUCUAUAAUUUAUGAGCAUGUGUCACCCAGUAAUUGAAAGUUCAUUAUUUGUCAAAUGUGUUUUAUGGUGGAUUCACGAGUUCUGUGACCAAUGAUUGACAGAUUACUAUGUCCAUAGCCUUCUGUGACUGUUUUAAAAACCUCUCUGGAAUGGUUUAGGGGUUAAAAUCACAGGUGUCUUAUUUUAUAUUCUGACAUUUUAGAUGAACUGCCUUUUAUGUAUAAUCUUUUACAGUUUACAUACUAUCUUUGUGGCACAGAUUAUAAUAAAAAAGCUAUAAAAUUUGUCAAACAACAACAUAAAUGCAAACAGCUUAAAUUUAGGUAUACCAAAAUUCAUUCAUUUUCCUUCAGCUUAGUCCCUUUAAACAUCAGGGGUCACCACAGCGGAAUGAACUGAAGCGACAUAUUUUACAAAGCAAAUGCCCUUCCAGCUGCAACCCAGUACUGGAACUCAAUAUUGGGUAUUCUCAAAAUUGUUUGUGAGCUCAAAGAAUUGGUAAAAAGUGUUGAUUUAUUAUAUAAAGCAAGAUUUUGUGCACAUCUAGAUAAUGUGGCUAAAUGGAUAAUGGUUUCUUAAUGGAGAAACCAUUAAUACAAGAACACAGAGUACUCACAUCAAUUGUAAAUCUAAAUAUAAAGCAAUCACUGGAAGCAAGUCACAUGUAAAUCUGCCCAUCGCUGGUCACAUCUAAGGGGUAUUGCACAAAAGCAAGAUAGGGGAUUAUGCUGGAAUUUUUAAGAUAUCCUUACUGAAUUUAGCCCUGACUCAGUUGCAUGAAAGCAGGCAAAAAUUAAGCUAUAUUAAAGAGAUAAAAUUGGACAUGUCAUUAUUUACAGUCUACAUGUUCCAAACCUUAUGAGUUUCUUUUUUCUGUUUAUUUUAAUUUAUUUUGUUAAUUAGUUACCAGUAUUCAGCUUAAAAUGCUAUUUAAAAGCUUAAUUGGGUUGUUUAGGUUAUCUAGGCAAGUUAGUUUAAUUACGCAAGUCACUGGACAACAGUGUUCUGUUCUGUUCAAAAUUUUAAUUGUUAAUUUAGUGAACAAUUUUUGAGAUCAGGAUUCCUCCAUUUAUUUUGGUAGGACACCUAAGUCUUGGGUGAGCUGCCUGGUUAUUCAAAUAUGGUCGCCAAGUGAGUAGACGUUGCCAGGAAGAGAUUUUGGUAAAACACACUCCCUCAUCCCCAUGUAGAAAGACAGUGGAUAAUUUACUGUAGUGGAAGAGCUGUACAGAAAAAAAACUGGCCUGUGCAAUGAAUACAUUGUUGUAACAUAGGCUCAUUCUGAAAACGUAGCCAUAUAUACACUUCUGGAAAUUGCAAAUUAUGUAGCCAGAGGUACGUCUUUAAAAUAAAUGCUACGUUGUAGUAUGAUGCUGUUCUUUUUCGUGCUUACCAGCUGAACACUUACCUUUGCAUGGACGGCUUUUUUGCUGUUACCAGUUUGUCCAGGAGCUCGCCGUGUACGUUGGCGGACUUAAGAUGCAGAGAGGAGUUGACCGCAACGACGGAGUGUAGUGAACUAGCUCAAAGGGAAUCAAAGGUUCAUUUGAACAGUGCUUCAAAAGAAUCAACUCUUUAAAUCCGAACAAACGAAUCAUCCAGUGAUUGUUCGAACGGACAGUUGACUUUAAUUACGGCUAUUGCUAUCAAAAUAAAAACCCAUUUAUGUUUAAGCAGGGUAGCAAUAUCCAAGUUUAAGACAUUAGAUUCAUGAACAUAUACAGCCACCUUUCUAUAUACAAAAUGAAGCUUUAUUGACUAAUCUAACAGAAACUAACACCUAACACAAACACACAUUCAUACAAGUGUAGAGAAGAGUAAAGGAAGUAAGAGUUUGAGAGAAUGUAAUGAUGGAAAAACCUCGGAUUUUGUAAGACCAAGGAAACUCCCUCUGUUGAGCACAUGGCUAGCCGGUAGUUCUUUGUCCUCGCGAGGCUUGGAGUGGGGUGGAAUCUGUCAUUUCAAGUCUUGAAAGUGGCAAAAAGGCUAGUCGUGACGACUAUUGGCUUUCGGUGCACUAAACUUAACUAGACUCUCUAUGGAAAAAAAGAAAGAAAGUUAUUGGAGAUGGAAAUGUCUGAGCUGUGCGAUUAAUCCAUUUUGUCUAAGUACCCGUCUGCUCUCUGGAGUCCUCUGUGUUGGGUUCAAGUCUUUCUCUGGUCUGUAGUUUUCUUCGAGCUUUGGCGUUCUUGGGGUAUGGCCUUAAGCUUGUAGCUUUUGUAAGGAUGGUUUGUACCCACCCUCCAGGGCCAAGUCGACCAAUCAGAAGUGAAACUCCCCCGAGGCAUGUUUUAUAGUCCUUUGUUCAGAAGUGUAUUGAUUUGCAUAGGCAUUUUAGUUGUAAACUGAUGCAGAAAAGUUUCUUAAAAUGUUAAUAUGUUGCACAUGUAUUAACAGAAAAUGUAAACAAUCGUACUGUACAACAAAUUAGCUUUGCAGGGACAUCAAACAUGAACUAUCUAUGAUCUUGUUUAGCUGUAGUAGAGUUAAACAUUGAUAGCAGAAGUAUUAAAAUCAUAAUAUUAAUACAUGAGCAAAAGACUCGCAAAACACCUGAUUACACAUAAAGAGAGAAUAAAAACAUCUUAAGCAGGGAGCUUAUAGAAGUUCUCUGUGUCCAGUCCUGAGCAUUCCUUUGUGUUGUAAACACCUUGGAAUUGGAUUACAACUGACCAUCCAAUCUUUUCUGGAUGAGAGAAGCUGAUGCUGUGUUUGCUGAUGCAUUUGUUGAAUAAAAGCAAAAUAAUUAUGUGUCUGAUCGGCCAUAUUCAUUACAGGGGUUUGAGUUCAGCAAAUAAUGGUUUCAGAAAGCAGGUAAAACUAGAGCAAAAGGCCAAAAAUAAAAAUAAACAAGUAAAUAACAGGUUGAAAAUGUGUUAAAAUUUGAAAAUGUGGUAAAAAUCAGGUGGAUGCGAGGGCUUUUGAAAACACUGGCGGUUGGGUUGAGGGAAGUGGGUGGGUGGGUCAAUGGUGCUUUUGAAAACACUAUCAGUUGGGUUUAGGGAAGGAGGAGGGAGAGUCAGUUGAUUGGUCAGUCAGUCAGUCGACAGCGGCCUCUGAUGGAUUUUUGUGAGACGGGCAGGCACGAAUGGCACUCGAUAGUGAAAUUUGAGAUCUCAAAAAGCAUACACAGCAGCCUCUGAUGGAUUCGCAAAAAUAAAAACUGCAAAAAAAUUUACCUCCUGGGACGUAUUUGGUACUCUCUAGAAAUUUAUAUGGGAACGUUUUAGGGGUACGUUUAUAGAAUGAGCCUGGGUUGCAUUUAUGCACAAUACAGAAUUGCAUGUACUUAAAACAGUCGUUUAAUAGUGUGAAGUGAUUUUGUCAUUCAUGUUUGUGUAUGUGGGAUUAAUUGUGCAUUGCUAUUAUAUUUGGUAGUUUAAUGUGUGAUUAAAACUUGUGCAAUGACUGCAUUGAAUCACUUUGUUCAAAUCCUUUUCCCACAAUGCCAAAAUAAAACUGCAUGUGCUCAAGAGAAUAACAAUCACAAUUGAAUCACCGCUGUAAUUCUCCACAACACUGAUGAGGAAAACAUCUGAAAUACCGAACAUUAAUGAUCAGGUUAGACAGUUUUUAAUUGCCCCAAAAUCAACAACUAUUUCUAUCAGCACUAGAACUAGUACUAUAGGCUCAUUCUGAAAAUGUAGCACUAUAUACAUUCCUAGAGAUCGCAAAUUAUGUAGCCAGAGGAAAGUAUGGCUGCAUUUCAUCUUUAAAAUGAAUGAUACGGGUGGUAUGAUGCCGUUCUUUUAAACCUUACCUUUAACCUUGGUGUGGACAGCUUUUCCGCUGCUACCUGUUUGUUCCCUGGCUCGCAGCAUUCAACAGAGAAUUUGAAAUGCAGAGCAGAGUUAUGUGUACUGUGACGACAGGGUUCAAAUCCGGCAAAGAAUGGUUCUAGAAAGCAGGUAAGACAAAAACAAAAGCCAAAAAAAUUAAAUAAACAACAGGGUGAGAAUGUGGUAAAAUCUGAAUAUAUGGUAAAAAAAAUCAGGAGGCUGUGAGGGCUUUUUUCUCUGGAUUGCUUUUAAAAACAUUGUCGGAUGGGUUUAGGGAAGGAGGAGGAUGGUCAGUCUAUCAGUCAGUCAGUCAACAGCAGCUUCUUUUGGAUUUAGGUGAAAAGAGCAGGCAUGAAUGGCACUUGCGAGAGAGAAAUUUGAGACCUCAAAAAGCAAACACAGUGGGAGAUUCACUUAAACAAUAACUGCAAAAAAAAAAAAAAAAACUUAGCUCCUGGGACAUAUUUGGCACUCACCAGAAAUGUAUAUAGGGGUACGUAAUCAGAAUGAGCCUGGGUUGAGUACAAUGAUUUUACAGUAAUAAAAAUAACACGAACCAGAAACAUAAUAAAUUUGAAUCAAAAUAUAUUUUUGGUUCUGUUGUUAUACUUUAUAUUGUUACUAGUGUUAUAUAGUUGUAUUUGUUCUAAAUGUCUUGGGUUUUGUUUUUCAUAACAACAAAUAUACUACAAAUAUAACUACAAAUAUACAAAAGACAAGGUUGUUACAAUUUUUACAGACAGUAUUGUUUUUAUUAAUAAAAAUAAAAAAUUUGUAAUAAACUCCGACUACACUCAACUCAAGCUACUGUCAGAUGUGCAUCUCUAAGAGACAAACCUUGUAACAUUAAUAUUAUUUGUGCAGCACUAUCAAUUCAAGUGCUGGUGAAUUCGUGUGUAGAACCUUCUGGCACUGUUACCACUGUUCUCAAAUGUUACUUUACAAUGUGCAGUGUUCUUUUAAUUUCUGGGCUGUAAUUUCUAUUUAUCGAAAUUGCAAAGUUUAUUUAUUAUCAAAGCAAUAAUUGCAAUGAAUGCUGAUUCAAGGUGUGACCAUACAUUUUUCUUGUGCUUCUAAUUUUGGGAAUGUCUGUCCACAAUAUUCUACUUUGAUGUGUAAUUUUAGCUGCAUGUUUCUGCACUAUUCCCUGUAAGCAAUUAAAAGCAUUGUAUAAAACA